GUGAGAGGAAGGCAUGUUAGAACAGAAGGUUUAGAGUGGCUGAAUCUAGGGGUGGUGGAUUUGCAGAGACCCACUGGUGAGUGGGGGAGGCAGACAGCAUGCGGUGUGGUAAGCCAAUUUACAGAGUUUGGAUUUUAUCUGGAGGCUAGUGAGAGGGCUUUAAAGGGUUUUGGCAAUUAAGGUUGGUGAGGAUGCAAAGACAGAGAAAGGACAGUGCGCUAGGCUGAGGUAGCUGGCAGCAGAGAUGGAGGGAAGGAAUGAACACUAGAGCCGUUUAGGACAAAGGACAACAGGCCUGAUGACACUGAAAGAGGAGGGAGGUGGCAGAGGACUCCAGAGCUUCUGCCUUUACCAGUUGGAUGGAAGGUGGAGCUGCCUGCUGAGAUAGGAGCCCUGGGGGAGGUGAAAUGCUUGCUCUGUUUGGGACAAGUUGGGCAUGAUGUUCCUUUAGAAUAUCCAGGGAGAGAGUUCGAGGAUAGCUGGAUCUAUAGUUUUGAGUUCAGGAGAGUGUCAAGGCUAAGAAUUCAGAAACACACAGGUGGGAGUGGGUGGGGCAGACCAGGGGGAGGUCCUGAAGGAAGCCUACCAGAAAAAAGAGCAACCCAAAGAGGAAGGAGGAAAAGCAGAUUUGGAAGUCAGGGGAAUACCCACCUGCUGUGAUGGAGGCUGCAAAUCUGUCAAGGCUGAGGAGUGUCCAUUGGAGUCAGGGAAAAGGUUAUUAGGUGGGGGCUGUUUCUGGGACAUGAUGGGGACAUGUGGUCUGAAACCAGAACACAGGAGGGAUGGGAGGUGAGGCAGUAGAGAAAGCCAGAGUAGAGGACUCCUGAGAAGUCUGUGACCAGGACAGUGAGGCUCAGGAUGGAGGAUUUAUUUUGUAAGGGAGAACAAUGGUGGGAAGAAGUCAGAAGGAGCAGUCACAGCCAUUGGAAAGAGGAUGGCACGGGGGGGCAGUGCUGGUUCCUGUGUUCUGCCCUCAGAAACUCUGGGGUGGGGUGGGGGGGGUAGGGGUUCUCCACUUCAGGUCCCACUGCAUGGGCUGGGACCUGGAGGUUCUGAGUUCCAAGAAGAGAGAGGUGGCAGCCAGGGCUGGGCAAGGACUGGGCCCUCAGACUCCAGAGUGCCUCUCUGCCUGCCUGGGUCCAGAUCAAAUCCUUUGCUCACUGGCUUACUUCAGGAGUCCCCCAAGUUGAACCAAUCCCUGCCAGUCCUACCUGGCCUGCAGUGGGCCCUGCCUUGGCUAUAUCUUCCUGCCAGAGGCUAUGCUGGCCUGGGGCAGUAGGGACUAGAGGACUCAGAACUGCAUCUGGAGAGACAGGCUGAAGUGCUCAUCUGUGAAGUUAAAGCAGACAGGGCUGGCCCCCUCUCCUGUAUCCAAGUGGAUGGUUAGGGAGAGGGGCAAGGGAGGGCAGAGGAAAGAGUCACGGACUGAAUUCCAGAAGAUCUGGGGCAGUGCUCCUACCUUCUGCCCGUAUGAUCUGGGCAAGUCACUUAACUCCCUGAGAGGCAGCAUCCCCAUCUGGACAUGAUCAAUGACAGCUGCUGCCAGGGUUGUGAGGAUGGAGCAAGUGGUCUUGUUGGUCCUUGUGUGUGUGGUGUGUCUGCUGGUGGGCAUGGCAGAACCAGGAGAGAGGAGGUAGCCAUGUGUCCUGGUCACUUUUUGGACCCUCUCUUGCGGAACCAGGGCUCCUGGUGAGCUGAAGAGAGGCACUUCCAAGGAUGGCCUGGGAGGGGCCAGGUCGAUGACAAGCCUGCCCGCACUGGAGUUCCUGCCAGCCCAGGCCCUUCCCGCUCCGGAGAGGCAAGGGUGGGGAAACUAGCCAGAAAGGGGGCGCGGGCGCCCGCCAGGCGGACAUGAGGCGGAGGCUGCGCCUACGCGGAGAAGCGUCGCUCACGUUGCUCCUCGGCGCCGCCCUCGGCCUCCUUCUCUAUGCUCAGCGCGAAGGCGCGGCCCCGACGACGAGCGCGCCGCGAGCUCAAGGAAGGGCGGCGCCGGGGCCCACCGCGGGGCUCCGCGUUUUUCAGGCACCGGAGGCGGGCGCAGCCCCGCCGGCCUACGAAGGGGAUACGCCGGAACCGCCCACGCCCACGGGACCCUUUGACUUCGGCCGCUACCUGCGCGCCAAGGACCAGCGGCGCUUCCCUCUCCUCAUUAACCAGCCGCACAAGUGCCGAGGAAACGGCGCACCCCGCGGCGGACCCGACCUGCUCAUCGCCGUCAAGUCGGUGGCGGCGGACUUCGAGCGGCGCCAAGCCGUGCGCCAGACGUGGGGUGCUGAGGGUCGCGUGCAGGGGGCGCUCGUGCGCCGGGUGUUCUUGCUGGGAGUGCCCAGGGGCUCGGGCUCAGACGGGGCAGACGCGGAGGGGCCGGGCACGCAAACGCACUGGAACGCCCUGCUGCGUGCUGAGAGUCGCGCGUACGCGGACAUCCUGCUCUGGGCCUUCGACGACACUUUCUUCAACCUAACGCUCAAGGAGAUCCACUUUCUGGCCUGGGCCUCCGCCUACUGCCCUGAGGUGCGCUUCGUCUUUAAGGGCGACUCCGACGUGUUCGUGCACGUGGGAAACCUGCUGGAGUUCCUGGCGCCAAGGGACCCGGCACAGGACCUGCUUGCAGGUGACGUGAUCGUACAGGCGCGGCCAAUCCGCGUGCGGGCCAGCAAGUACUACAUUCCUGAGGCUGUGUACGGCCUGCCAGCCUACCCAGCCUACGCAGGCGGCGGUGGCUUCGUGCUCUCGGGGGCCACGCUGCGCCGCCUGGCCGGUGCCUGCGCCCAGGUUGAGCUUUUCCCCAUUGACGACGUCUUUCUGGGCAUGUGUCUACAGCGCCUGCGUCUCACGCCCGAGCCUCACCCUGCUUUCCGCACCUUUGGCAUCCCUCGACCUUCAGCCGCGCCGCACCUCCGCACCUUCGACCCCUGCUUUUACCGCGAGCUGGUUGUAGUGCACGGGCUCUCGGCUGCUGACAUCUGGCUUAUGUGGCACUUGCUGCACCGGCCGCACGGGCCAGCCUGUGCGCGUCCAUGGCCUGUCGCUGCUGGUCCCUUCCAGUGGGGCCCCUAGCCACCGAUCACAGCUCAAAGCCCCAUUCAUUCAGACCCAGGAUUUAAGUGGGAGGUAGCUUGAAGGGUAGGUUUCCCAGGUGAAUUAGUGCUGUGUAUGUGGUUCUUCCCCAGAAAGGGGCAUCCAGGUGUCUGCCUCCAGAAGGUCCCAGGGAAUGAAGAUUGAGCUUCGCUCCUGCUGACCCACCCUACUGGGAGGUGAUCUGGAACCAAUCUAACAGUGGCCCUUUAAGAUAGCCAGGACUGACGUGGUUGAGAACCAGGCUCUUUGCCAAGCAGGUGAACAUGCUUGGUUCUCCUAGUAGGGAUGGGGCGGGGGCGGGGCGGCAGCAGCGGCGGGUGUGAGUGGCUGAGGCUCAUGCAAUCUGACCAUACUCCUUAAUUUGGAACCCCUAGAGUGAUGCCAGCAAAUGCAGGUCUUUCUCAAGGAUGGACCCCACAGGGAGGAGUAGGGGCCUGGCCUCAGUCAUGGAACUGGCAGCCAUUCUGCCACAACUCAAUCUGAAAGUAGGUGUUUUGCUUCCUAGCUGCCCCUUCAAAUUGGAUUCUUAGUCGCCUCUAGGUCUUUAGAUCUGCUUUCCUGGGGCCAACCCCUCCUGAGCCCUGGACUAGCUGGAACACCAGGGAUGGAGGCACACAGGGACCGAGCACAUUGUCCUACCUAAAGUCUUCUCCCAUCUCCAGCUACCCACCUACACCACACUGGAGCCUGUGCUGCCUGCUUCAGAGAAGCCAAGGAACCUCUUCUAAGAUGACUUCAGCUGUAAAUUCCCCCAUAUUCUUCAAUCAACCCCUUUCUCAAAAAAAAAAAAAAAAAAAUCAAUACCUCCACACUCAUUUUAGUACAAACAUCCCAGCAACAGCACAUGGGAGUUGUUGCUGAGGGCAUAGGUCUUUAUUGGAGGAGGGGUAGGAGCAGGGCAUGAGGAAGAUUCCCCCAAUCUAGGAGGAUGGGAAGAGUCCUGGCUGCCCCACAGUGGGAUGUGUGGGGGUCUCUGGCCAGGUCACAGUCCACAUGGGAAGACACCAAUCAGUCACAAAGUCACGGGAACGCCACACAAGCCUGGCUGUAGGCCUAGGCACCACACAGGAGCCUGAGGCAGGUCCCCUGCACAUUCAUUGUUAAACUAUACAGGAUGAGGCUGUACAUGAGUUAAUUACAAAAGAGUCAUAUUUACAAAAUUCUGUACACACAUUUGAAAAACUCACAAAAUUGUCAUCUAUGUAUCACAAGUUGCUAGACCAAAAUAUUAAAAAUGGGAUAAAAUUAUA